AUGUUGUUGUUGUUGUUGUUGUUGUUGUCAUGGAGUUCCUCGAGUGCAUCAUUUGAGGCGAUGCAUGGCCCCUACGUGGUGCUUUCUCCUAUCGCCAAAUCUCAUCCUUUCGAAGAACGACGAGCGCAUGUUGGCCCAGACGAUGAUCCACUAAAAAUCGGGCGGGCAGUUGCCAGGUUGAAAGCUGCGAAGGACAAUGCCAUUUUCGAUUGCAAAGUGCUCUCGCGAAAUCAUGCAGUUUUGUCAUACCGUAACGGAGGUUUCUUUCUUCGUGACACAAAGAGCAGCAAUGGUACUUUCGUUAACAAUGAAAGGUUAGCCGUCACGGGAGAAGAGUCGGAAGCACGACAGAUAUUCACUGGCGAUAUUAUCCAGUUUGGAGUAGAAAUAGUGGAAAAUUCUAAUAAAGUAGCCCAUGGGUGUAUUUAUGCCAUGGUUCAAUUAUUUGAUGCCAAUGGUCAAAUGGUAGAAGGAGGAGGAACAUUGAGUAGUGGUGAAAUGAAUGGAAUGCUGCCGUCCUCCGAACCAUCUUUGGUCAAUAAUCACCAAUUGUUUCAAAUGCAACAGUAUUUGUCGGAAGCACUGUAUAGAGAAGAGGCGCGUCAGCAAAAGUUGGAAGCUCUGGAAAAAAUGUUAGAGGCUACGGAGCACGCUUCUGAGGCGGCAUGGAAAGCGCUGGUUAAUGAAGACAGACUUCUUUCCAGGAUCGAGACGCUUGAAGCCCAGCUAGCGACCUUCUCGAAAAAUGCCACCCCUGAUAAGCUCAGGGAGGAUAUUCUGAAUCUCAUCGAGGAUAAAGCAAAGUUUGAGAUUGCAUCGAAAGAGCAUCUGAGAAGAGCACAGGAAGAAAGAGCGGAGUCAGCAUUGAGAUUAGCAGAUAUUGACCGGAGUUUAGUGUCAACUGAAGAAGAAUGCAAUCGGCUACGGUCUAGAGUACAAACUCUUGAAGCCAGGCUGAAUGAGACUGUCACAGCCUAUGAAGCGAAAGUUAAUGAGUGCGGCAUGAAUCAGAUUGCCCUUAAUGAGGCUGAGAAGAGGCUGAGCGCAGCUGAGGAAAAGGCAAGUGCAACGGAGGCUCGUCUGGGCGAGGUAGAAUCGAAAGCGCAACAUGAACGUUCAGUAUCGUCAUUGGUUCGCCUUCUUGUAAAUGCUUUGAACAACAAUCCUAAUGUAAAUGAAAAUGAUCACUGGUUAGCGAUGUUAUAUGAUUUUCUGAGAGAACGGAAUGGAGCAUCGGAUGCGGUUCCUGAGCCACCAGUUAUCAAAAUGCCGAAGAUUGAAGCACUAGCUAGUGAUAUUGUUGGCUGCAAAAAGUGUGAAUAUCUCAAAGAUCUCAACGAUCGCGAAUCGCUAGUACGUGCUGAAAUGGAAUCGUACUUGAAAGAUAAUCUGCAGCUGCAGGCUCGCGUUCGUGAUCUGGAGUCGGAAUUAGCGAAUGCCGCAUCUCCUAUGUCUGUGUCAGAGAAAAAUCGGCUUGAACUCGAUGAUCCACACUCACUGGGAACGUCUCCAGCUGUAAAGAAGAGCAACAGUCCUGCAGCUCUUCCCACAGCUACACCACGUCAUUCGAACGGAUUAGACUCACUUCACGAUACGGUGUUCCUGAUAUCUUUUGCACCUUUUCUUGCUUUGAUCCUGCUGAUACUUGCGCCUUUACACGUGAGGAUGUUGGCCAGCGUUCCAGUUUUGUUUCUGAUGGUUGGAUAUGUUCUAGCCCAACAAAAACCAUGCGAAGUAUGUGUGAAGGUGCUAACAGACGCUAUGGCCAAAGUACCAGACAAGGAUAAAUCGAGUCCUGAUUCGAUUGCGAAGGUUAUUCGUGAACACUGUAAGGACGCUAGGAACAAGGAUCAUAAAUUCUGCUUCUACAUUGGUGCUCUCCCUGAAUCUGCCACUUCCAUUAUGGUAGACGUCUCUAAACCUCUAUCCUGGUCAAUGCCUGCCGAGAAAGUAUGCGAGAAACUUAAAUCUAAAGACGCUCAGAUUUGCGAAUUGAAAUACGACAAACCUCUCGACUGGAAAAAUAUUGACUUGAAGAAAAUGCGUGUGAAGGAGCUGAAAAAUAUUCUCAACGAGUGGGGAGAGGUAUGUAAAGGCUGUACUGAGAAGUCGGAAUUUGUGAAGAGGAUCGAAGAGCUCAAACCUAAAUAUGUCAAAGAGGAACUAUAA